GCCACAUACUGCAGUCGUUACGUACACUGUAAACAGGAAGUAGUCCGAUAGGGAAGAGGAGCAGUUUGCUUACAAAUUUUCUGACCUAAGAGUGAGUCAUGGGCAAAAGCUGUAAGGUAGUUGUGUGUGGUCAGGCUGCAGUUGGCAAAACUGCUGUACUGGAACAACUUCUUUAUGCCAAUCAUGUUGCAGGUUCAGAGCCAAUGGAGACCCUGGAGGAUAUCUACAUCGGCUCGAUAGAAACCGACCGUGGCACACGAGAGCAGGUGCGCUUCUAUGACACCCGCGGGCUCCGGGAUGGGAUGGAGUUUCCUCGACAUUACUAUACUUUUGCAGAUGGUUUCGUACUCGUCUACAGCAUUGACAGUAAAGAGUCCUUCAAGCGGAUGGAGGCCCUCAAGAAGGACAUCGACCGUCACAGAGACAAGAAAGAGGUGACCAUUGUCGUGCUGGGUAACAAGCUGGACAGGCAGGAUGAAAGGAGAGUCGACUCUAACAUGGCCCAGAACUGGGCGAAGAACGAGAAAGUGCGUCUGUGGGAGGUGUCGGUGGUGGACCGUCGCACACUGAUCGAACCCUUUGUGUACCUGGCCAGCAAAAUGACGCAGCCACAGAGCAAGUCCACUUUCCCUCUCAGUCGCAAUAAGAACAGGGGCAGUGGUUCUACAGACAGCUGAAUGAUCAGACACUGUUGUCAUGUUCACAAGAGAGGAAAAAGGGAACUUAGUUUUGCUAAAAACUAUUUUGAUAUUAUGAAGGAUUGAGGUAAGAGUUCAUUUGGAGAAUGUGGUGAACCAUGACAAGAAAAGGCAGAAUGAUUGUAUAUGAAUAUUUAUAUAUACAGUGAGUACUGUUGAUGAUGGUAUAGCCUCCAUGAUUGAUUUUCUGGUUAAAUACUUCAAUUGUAAAUGAGUGAAAUGUUGAUCUUUUACCAGCAAUUGAAGAAUGCAAAGUGGUUUUUUUUUUGUCAUUCCUAUUUUAUUGCUUUGGAUUUUGGUUGUUCAUCCACAUUCUGUAUUAUUACCGCUGCUGACAUCAGCAAUCAUGUUUGGACUUAAACAAUGUAGUUCUUUAACUAUUGACAAUCAACAAUUUGAUCUCAGUUUAUACUUAAAUUGUCCUGUGAUUAUCACAUGGUGCUCACUGUACAUAUAAAUUAGGACCAGGCACACAAAUACAAUGGCUACUAUUUUAUUUACAUGUAUACUACAUGUACACACAGGCUGAAUCAGAGAUUGCAGCACCCAUGUUACCCAAUUAUUGCAUCACACAAAUGCUGAAUUUCACGUUCUGUAAAAGAUUUGAUAGGUGAAGGUAUUUUAUUGAUACAUUAUUGAUGAUGUACAGUAACUGUUUGUUGAUCUGGAGAUUUGUUACACUAUAUUUGUUCUUUGCUGAGAUGAGCUGUUUGAUGUUAUACAGUGAAUAAUGGACAUUCCUUACCACAUAAUGCCUUCUGUACAGGCUUUAGAAAUGUAUAUAUGAGAUAAAUGAUGUUGAGGAGAAAGGCGGUUUCUGCAGGCUCAGGUGCUACUUUUUUUCUGGUUGUGAUACAUAAAGACAUGAAACACUACAGUAACAUGGUGUGGCAUGAACAACAUCAUGUAAUCAGUUAUAGUCACUGUGGAAUCUGAAGCUGGUAUGUUUUUAUGAAGCUGUAAAAUAAAACUCUGAAGUAUUCAUUAGCUGACCAUCAAACUGUCUCUUCAGGGUGCAUCAUGAGUCAAAAUAUGAGCAGCUUUGAAUGUUUGAUUAACACGGGGAAAAUUGUUUAUAUUGUCUCUGUUCAUGUGUUUGUGUCUCAGCCUUCCACACUAUGUAACAUACAUGCAUACAUGCUCGUAUGUAUUAAUAUCCAUAAAAUGUGUUCACUUGAUAUUUGUUUGCAUGUUUUGUAAACAAAUUAAAUGUUUUUUUUGU